AUCUCUGGUCUGCUUGGGAUGAAUAUAGUCCUGCUGGGGGCGGCUCUGGUGGCAGGUCAGACCUUUAACCCAGAGGGCCUGAAGCACCAGGAGCCCCUGGUGUUCAUGCUGCUGCUGAUGGGGGUCAGUCUGAUCUGGAUGCUGUGGUAUCUGCUGUGGGCCAGGAAACAGCCAGGGGUCUGCCCACAUAAAGACCACCAUGCUGGGGGAAUCACUGUCAUCUUGGUCCUGAUACUUUUUGCUGCUGCCAGUCUGCUGCUGUACAUCUGCAGGAUUGGUUAUUUGCUCAGUGUGAGGGAGUGUAAUCCUGCUGCUAAAGUGCUCUCUCCAUUCAUAGAGGCUCCCUUUCUCGUGCUGCAGACAUAUUUACUGUGGGCUCACUCCAAAGACUGUGUUCACAGACACAAGAUAAUCACCAGGUCCGGGCUGAUGGUGAUCCUCUCUGCUGACCUGCUGCUGUGGCUGAACUCAGUCACAGAGGACUCCAUCCACGAGGAGAUCGAGUUAGAGAAGGAGGAUAGUCUUCACUUCAGCAACACAAACUCAUCUGAAGCAGACAUAUCUGAUUUUGAAGGUAAUUCGACCUUGUGUCAGUGUAGUGCGAGUGCAGCCUGCCUCGCCUUCAGGAAAGGCUUCGAGAUCCUUUACCCCUUCAACAUUGAGUACUACUUGAUGGCGGGCUGCAUGAUCUACGUGAUGUGGAAGAACGUGGGGCGCAGGAUGGGUCCAGGUCACCACGUUGGUCAGAAGCUGACCCUCCGUGUCGUCUACCAAGGCGGGAUCAUAUACGGCCUCGUGUUCGGCGGCCUGGUCCUCGUAGUGGGAGUGACCGUCUUCAUUCUCUACCAGGUCUGGGUCAGCCAGCGGCAGCUUCGCCUCACCGCCUUCCUCAUAUUUUACGGCUACCAUUUAGCCGUCAUGCCCGUCAUGUCUUUCUGCUCCCUGGCUGGGAUGCUGGUCCACAGGCUGGAGAGGAGAGCGCAUGAAGGGGGACACAACCCUACUCGGAGCCUGGACGUGAUCCUCCUGGUGGCGGCAGCUCUGGGCCAGCUUGCCCUUUCCUACUUCUCCCUGGUGGCGGCCCUGGCUCUGGGGACUAAUGCUCCUCUGGCGGACCUGGAGCUGUCCUACUCCCUCCUGAGCCUGCUGGAGCUCAUCCUCCAGAACAUCUUCAUCAUUGAAGGCCUCCACAGGCACCCGAGUCUGCUGACCAAGAAGAAAGGGAGGCAGAGGAGCAACAUUUUUAAGCCAAAGAAAAAUAUUACCACGCCAACACAAGAGGAGAAGAAGACAACAGCUAUUUCACUGCUGGAGGGAAACACGUCAGCACCCCCUGUUGUUCAGGAGGAUCAUGGGAAGGAGCCCUGGAGCAAAAGAGCGAUUCAAGAAAUCUGUGCUUUCCUCAUCCUUUGUAAUAUCAUGCUGUGGGUCAUACCUGCUUUCGGAGUACACCCCCAGUUUGAGAACGGCCUAGGGAAGCAGUUCUUCGGCUUCAGCACCUGGUUUGUUCUGGUGAAUCUGGGUCAGCCGCUCAGCGUCUUCUACAGGAUGCACUCAGUGGGAGCUUUGAUGGAGCUGCUCAUCUCUGCAUGAUGGGCAGCCGUGGCCUAACACUGACUGUCUGACUGCUGAGACGUUCAUAAAUAAUUUAGUUUAUAUACAUUAUAUGGCCAAAAGUAUGUGGACAUCACUGAGCCCCUUAAUUCAAGAGACGGAGAUUCGUAACGCUGCAGCAUAGUGAUUUUUUUUAGACAUAUUUUAGUUUUUCUGGCUUUGUGCAAACAGUUUGUGUUUGUCCUUUUCAUGCUUUAAUAUAACAACCCAAUCCAGCACCUUUAGGAUGAACUGGAACAUCAACUGUGAGCCAGACCUUUCACCCAACAUCAUAGCUGAACUUCACUAAUGCUUUUUGAGUUGCUUAGAUGUUUUACUUGAGUAAAAAUGCUAAUACAGCAAUGUGAAAAUACCCCAU